AUGGCCGCCGAAGAGAUUCAACCACAUAAAAAAAAGAAGAAGAAGACGAGUCGUCAGCCAUCAUCGUCCAUUUCUUCAUUGUCGUUUUCUUCAUUUCCAGACGAAAUAAAAGAGACCAUUCUUGCACGUGUCUCGAGAUGGAAGUAUCCGUGGCUUUCUCUCGUCUCAAAGAGAUUCUGCUCUCUCUUAUCUUCUAAGGAAAUCUACAAGGCACGAUCUCAAAUCGGAGCCAAAGAAACAUGCUUCUAUGUCUGCUUAUCGCACAAAGACUCACAUCCAAGCUGGUUUAGUCUCUGGACGAAACCUGGAGCCAAACGGAAAGCCAAAGGGAAAGGCCGAAAGAACUGGUUUAACAAGGAUUCAAGUGGAACUUCUGUUGUUCGGACACCUUUCUCUUCUUCCCAAUGUCCUCUCGUACCAGAUCACUUCACCUUAACGGUUGGUUCGGAAUUCUACAUAAUCGGUGGACCCUAUCAGAAGCCGUCUUCCUCCGUUCGGGUUCUUGACUGUCGGAGUCAUACUUGGCGUGACGCCCCUAACAUGAUCGUGGCUCGGGAAAAUCCGUUUGCGGCUUUCGUGGAUGAGAAGAUAUAUGUGAUGGGAGGUUGCGAGAUUGACGAGUACCCUUCCAAUUGGAUUGAGGUGUUUGACAUGAAGACUCAGUCUUGGACAGCCUUGCCUGGUCCUGGCGCUGAUGAAGCCGAGUUACGCUAUCUUCUACGCCGAGGUUAUAACCACGAUUUAGUUGAGGUGUUUGAAGGAAAGCUUUACGUAGCGAUAGAAGAAAAGGAGUACGCUUAUGGGGUGAAAGAUGGUACAUGGAAACUUGUAAGACCGAAGUCGAGUUUCUUACUCGAGUACCAAAUGUGUUCGUGUGAGAUAGAGAAUGUUAUAUACUGCUGCACUGGCUAUGGAGUUUUGAUGUGGUCUUACUCUAGUGGGACUGAGGGUAGGGAGUGGAGAGAUAUUGAGGGUUUGGAAGAGUUGCGUGAGGACCGUUCAAGGGGUUUAGAAUCUGAAGGGAGUAGUAAGUUUUUAGUGGAGAACUAUGGUGGGAAACUUUUAGUUAUGUGGCAAAUUUCUGGUAAAAAACAGAGAAACAAAAUUUGGUAUGCCAAGAUCUCCUUGGAAUCAAGAUGCAAUGGACGUGAGGUUUGGGGUAAUGUAGAGUGUGUCGACAUGCUUACAUUUCCUGUCGAAUCAUUUGAAUCCUUUCAGUGUUUAACUGCUUCGGUUUGA